AUGCCCGCCCGCCCGCCUCAAUUGCACUCGUCAGUCGUCACCGCCGUAACGGCCCAGCUGCUCCCAUUCCUCUCUCGCUCUCCCAGUCCCGACUGGUCCCGGCGUCCCACCGCCGCCAACGAUCGAGAAGAGGAGCUUCUGCUUCUGCUUCUGCUUCUGCACCGCAUCGACAGUCGCCGGCCAGGACCGAGGGCCCCACUGAUGGCAGAGGAAGCUGUAUCCAUGGAGGCGCCGCCACUCCACAAACCCUCCUCCCUGCGGGAAGCCGCCCUCGACGACGAGACCCGGGCCCUCGUCGCCGCCGACGCCGCCGACCUCCCGGCGUCUCCCCCAUCCGCCGUCGAGGCCAACUUCGCGCGCUACUUCAUCGCAGAUUUUCUGAAUCCAGGGUAUGAUCAGUAUGUAUAUCGCCAUCCAAACGGAUUGUGUGUGGUUGGUUUAGCUCCAGCCCAUGUUGUGUUUAAAGAGGAAGGAGUAAUAACCGCUGUUGACUUCAAUGUUGGCAAGUCAGAUCGCAGUGAGAUGAAAGUCACAGGAAAACGCAAAAGGAAUGCACAGCACUUGCAAGAAAAUUCAGCAUUGUGCAAAGUUUGUGUAAAUGAUAAAUCUUUUAUUGUGAGAUGCUGCGUGAAAGGUUCCCUUUUGGAGAUCAAUGAAAGAUUGAUCAAACAACCAGAUCUUCUUAAUACUGCUGCUGACAGGGAAGGAUAUAUAGCAAUCUUCCAGCCGAAACCAGCUGACUGGCUCAAAAUUAAGGAUAAAUUUCUUAGUUAUGAGGACUACAAGAACUUGAGAGGAAUAUUCACAGUUUGA